GAUUCCUUCACUCAGACCACCUCUCUCACAUUUUUGGCUUUUAUUUGCCUUUGUUCUUUGCAAGAAGUUACCAUCCUUCUUUAUCCCCUUUGCUUUUUCUUUUCUCUCUCUCUCUCUCUCUCUCUCCCCCCAAAUUCUUGCUUUAUUCCUCUUGAACUCACCCUAAAAAAGAAGACGAUCCUCUUACGAUCCUCAUUGUGUUCGCAAACAACAUCUUCUUCCUUUCUCUCUUCUCUCUCUCUCUCUCUCUCUCUCUCUCUCUCUCUAUCUCAAACUGAGAAAGCAGCCAAACACCUUCUUUUGCCCUUGUUUGUUCCUACAUACCCCUGUUGUUAUUUGAUAACAUGAACAUUUUCUGAAAACGCAGUUUCGUUUUUUCCCACAUCUAUCUGUUUGUUGUUGUCACAUCUAAAAGGAAAACAAAAACAAAAAACCAAAAAGUAUAAUGGCAUCGCCGUCGGAACUAUCCCUGGAAUGCAAACCCCAUAGCUAUUCCAUGCUGCUAAAAUCAUUUGGAGACCAUCCAGCUGAUCAAACCCGGAAACUAGAAGAAACCCUUUCUCGCCUUGAAGAAGAAAGGCUCAAGAUCGAUGCCUUUAAACGCGAGCUUCCUCUUUGCAUGCAACUUCUUACCCAGGCUGUGGAGAAUUCAAGGCAACAGCUACAGGCCUACAGAGCCAAUCAAGGACCAAGACCGGUUCUUGAAGAAUUCAUACCCCUUAAACAUUCAAACUCUGAAGGCUCAGAGAAAAGCACAAACAUCUCUGAUAAGGCAAAUUGGAUGACAUCAGCACAGCUAUGGAGUCAAGCAAGCGAUGUAACCAAACCCCAAUCCACAAUUACGUCUACGAAAGAAGCCGAUAUAGGCUUCAACGUAAGCCCAAAACUUGCUUUUGACAACAAAUUGCAGAGAAACAAUGGAGGAGGAGCUUUUCUUCCAUUCUCAAAAGACCGUAGCUCAUCUUCUUCAAGUCCCACUUUACGACCUCUUCCAGAAUUGGCUCUCGUAUCCACCGACAAAGAUUUGGAGGAUAAUAAGAAGUGUUUGGAGGCCGAGAAUGGAGUUUCUUGUUCGAGGAGAUCAGAUAACUCAGGUAAGAUUGGCAAUGGCGGCUGUGGAGUUAUUGAGCCUGGAAAAGGAGGUGGAAGUGGAUCGGAUGGACAACAAACAAACAAUAAUAAUAACGGUAGCAAUACUACUACUUCUUCUCAAACUCAUAGAAAAGCAAGGAGGUGUUGGUCACCUGACUUGCAUCGAAGAUUUGUCAAUGCUCUUCAAAUGCUUGGUGGUUCUCAAGUGGCCACUCCAAAACAGAUCAGAGAGCUGAUGAAGGUUGACGGUUUGACCAAUGAUGAAGUUAAAAGCCAUUUGCAGAAAUAUAGGCUCCACACCAGGCGGCCAAGUCCGAGCCCACAUACAGCAGGAGCCCCAGCACCACAGUUGGUACUCAUAAGUGGCAUCUGGGUUCCACCAGAAUACGCCUCCGCAGCAGCCGCUGCCCACAGUGGGGCCCAAGCCAUCUACAGUCCCCACCCAGCCUCCCAUGCACCACCCCAUUACUGUGCCCCGCCUGUCCCACAAGACUUCUACAGCGCACCGACACCGGCUCCGGCACCGCCUCCUCCUCACCACCAGUUGCACCACCACACCCUCCAUCACCAGCUCCACUUGUACAAGGCCGCCUCACAAACCCACAGCUCGCCUGAGUCUGAUGCUAGAGGGGUCGGUGGUGACCGGUCGGAGAGCAUUGAAGAUGGUAAGUCCGGGAGCAGUAGCUGGAAAGGUGACAGUAGUGAGAAUGGAGGAGAUCAGAGAAAUGUUUUGGCUAAUUAACUGAGUCAAUUUAAAAAAAUAUAUCAAUGGAAAUGAGAUCACUUGUUGUAUUAGAUUUAGGGUUAGGGUUAGAAUUAGGAUGGUUCAUGUUUUAAUUGUAAUUUUAUUCUUAAUUAUUAUGUCUACAUAAUAUUUAAUAUAUAUUUGUUUAUUACUAGAAGAGAGGAUAACCAAGGCCAUAACAGUCAGUUGGAUAUUUGUUUUUAUACCCUUCUUGAGAAAAUAUCGAAGAAUAUUAAUUGGAUUCAUAUGGCUUUUCGA